AUGUCAACCCAACAAAUCCAGAUCGACUCCGAAGGGGAUGUUCUGAUCAUCGUUCCGAUCAAAAGAUCCAUCGCUGAGCUCGAACCCUCCAAGUCCUCGAAAUCACCCAUUGAGAAGCGCUUUGUUUGCUCGAAGAAGCAUCUCACAUUUGCAUCGCAUCGUGCGGCAAAGAUCUUCUCUAGCGGCUUCAAAGAAGCGACGAAACAAGAUGACGGCUUUCAUCACUGGAAGUUUGAUGAAACCUUUGAUGAUAAAGCCUUUGACCUGGUGUUGAACAUCAUCCACGGGAAGACCCGUGGGGUCCAACAGCGCCUUGAUCCGGAUAUGUUGGUCGCGGUCGCUUCAGUCGUUGAUGACUUGCAGUGCCACGAUGCUUUGAACUUUUAUGGCCGCGGAUGGAUCUCUUCACUCCCUGGAUUGUUUAGCACGACUAUCCCUAGUGAGAUGAACAAGACACUCGUCCAGUAUGUUUUUUCCUCGUUCGUCUUUGAGUAUGAGAGACUCUUUGAAGACUCUACCAAGGCUGCGAUACGAUUCAACAACGGCGCUGUGCCUAUGUUCGACUUGCCAAUCCGUGCAAACAUUCCAGGCCACAUCGAAAAGAGAAGGCUGGCUAUCUUAGGCAACCUGGGUAAUGCCCUGAAAAGCCUUGAAAAUAGCUUACUUGAAGGGAAAUUAGGGUGCAAUUCAGGAUGCACAGCCAUGCUCUUAGGAGCCUUGAUACAAGGGAUGAAGGCGGCCGGUUUAUACCCGCCACGAGUAUCACCACAGUUUCCGUUCCUAACACUGGACUUCGUCAUUAAUUCUUUGCGAAACGCACAGUCGCCGACGUAUUUCAGCGCAGAAAAAGGAAGUGUUGCUGGAAAGUAUUCGGGCAGUUGGACGCUAUCGACUCGAUCCAUCACUGCGCCUCCUACUGCUAGUCCAACACCACCAGUCACAAGCAGUCUGUUUGGACAGCCUCGUCCUCCUCCUACUGCUAGCCCAACGCCACCAGUUACAGGCGGUCUGUUUGGGGGACAGCCUCGUCCGAACCCUCCCACCACUUCUGGUCGUCUAUUCGGUAGCUCAUCUGGAAACACUACCUCAUCUGGUCCAACUGCGGUGGAUAAAGAAGAUGAUCCUAUCUAUCUAGUUCGCCACAGUUGCUCAGUGAAGGAUCUUCUCAAACCUCUAUUGGACGCGGCGGAAGCCGAGAUUCAGGGAUUAAAGCUCGCUGACUACUCUAAAUCCUAA